UUCUACAUCGUAAUAGAUGAGGCAAACGUAGCUUCCCGAAAGCACAGUGGAGCCUUCGAAGAUGAAUACGGACGUUAUCCGCUUUUAAAGGAAAUUAUUCGAAGUUUUCAAUGUCGGAUGGGCCACUUGCCCGUGAGGUUUGUUGUUGCGGGUACCAUCAUUCCUCGGGAACAUUUUCAAUCUUCCUCAGGGGAAUGGGAUAGUUUCCGUUGGUGUUCAGAUACAGGUUGUUUUGAUGAUCCGGAGGCCCAUCGACGUUAUAUCUCCCAGUUUCUACCGCCGCAAUUUGAGAAGUCAAACACAGGCCAACUUCUCAUAAAACGAAUGUGGCAUUGGUUACGAGGAAGGUACCGCUAUACCGCAUCUUUCUUGACAUUGUUAUUGGACAAUGAUUUUGAGAGUCCCCAUACAUUAUUG